AGAACACCGGGCUUUUAGCGAUCAAUUGCACCCAUCCUCCUUCGCCGCUCGCCGAUGCUAUCUGAAGUCUUUUACUAUUCCCGCGCAAAUCACUCACAUUCAGCACCAACAACACCCUUUACGAGCUUGCAAUAGCAUCAAACACCGCAAACAGUGCUAACAUCGACAACGACAACGACAGCCAACAGCACGCACGUCGUCAUGAUCUCCCCCCACGCAGAUCCUCCAACGGUGGACCGCAUCUCUCUGGAAACCAGCAAGAUAGCCGAAGCCGAGAGCCUGAAGCAGUUGGCCAUUGUUGAUGACGAGUCCAUACGGUCCACAUCUUUGAGUGCCACAUCACCCAUCUCUGAGCAGUCCGGGCCCUCAUGGAAUAACACGGUGGCCGAGGUCAUUCGUCCAGACUCUUCCAGGACACCGCCUCGGCCAUGGCACUCCUCGUGGCUUCGCUUUGGGCCGCUUUCGGGUCUUCUCGGUCUGCUACUGGCCGCCGCAUCUCUCGUUGCGUCUCUUGGAGUAUUGGUUGGCUCUGACGGAGAAAAUGUCAACAGCUGGACUGCCCCUCCGUCCACAUAUCUUGCCAUUUUUACUGCUAUCGCAAACUUAUCGGUACGAUAUGCUGCGACGCAAGGAGUGAUUAUCGCGUGGUGGAGCAGAGCUCGAAAAGGCAGCACGAUCGCCAAACUCCACUCCGAUUGGCGUGCGGGCACAAUGCUACGCGGAGCACUCGCUGCUGGCCGCCGCACCGGCCUGCUGGGACUCGCUUGCAUCUUCGCAACUAUUGUUGUCAUUGACGGUCCACUACUCCAGCGUGCAUCGACCACUGUUACGAUACCUAACACCGCUACCGUGCCUUUGAGUGUUUCGAUGGCUCCUGAACUACCCCGAGGAUUCACUGGCAUCUGGAUACCCGACAGCGAUCUCGGCACUGCAUUCGUCCGCACUUCGAAUGCGUUCAACGCAACUGUUCCGACCGUUGACGGCAGCAGCUCAAAUCACAUCGCACCGGAUGCCUAUCCGAAUCGAACCUCCGCUUUGCCGCAAUUUGCCAACUCAGCACCCAUUCCUGGCGCUGUAAGCGGUUGUCCUGGUGGAUGUCAGGCUAAGAUUCGAGCGCCUGCUUUGUUUCCCUUUGCUUGUAAGGUGCAUGAGGUCUCCUCCGACGUGCACAUCCAAUACAAUGUGAGCGCCGCCCAAGCUUUCGACAUCGCGGCGCCUCUCGCGGCGCAAGGCCUCGUGAUAAACCCAAGCUUGUUGACGGGGCCAGAUGAAGCCAUCAACCUCAUCACUGGCUUUGCAACACUAGAUGAUGACUGUACGGGCACAUUCCGGUGGAAAGUGUGUUCGUUUGUCCCGGGAAUUGGCGAAUACAGUGUUUUGAUACAAAACGACAACAUAAUCAUGACAGACUUGGCCAACCCCGAGUUUGUGGCAUACGCGAACAAUAGUGCGACCGACCACACCUGGUCGACUGCAGAACUGGCGUACCCAUCCACCUUGGGUGGGGUGGCAGCUCUUGUGAUUGUCUUGUGGGAGAGCUUUGCAGCGUACUACACCCAAGACCAUCAAAUAGAGUACAUCAACAACAACCUGCCUACAGUACUAACCUUCCAGUCGACCUUCCACAACAACAGUGAAGGGGGAUGCUACUCAUACCGAGAUCCCUACGACACCAUUGUCAACUCGAUGAACAAAUUGAUGUUUUACUUUGGCGCGGCAGCAGCACAGGAAAGUUUACAGUACCUGGAGGAUCGGUUGGAUGCUGGGUUGUCAACGGAAAAUACGGCGGUCGGAUCAGUAAUAGGGGAUAUCAGCGUCUACCGCACUAAUUACUGGUUCUUUCUGGGCGCCGCGGUGGUGGAGGUGAUCUGCAUCGCUCUAAUCUUGCCCACCUUCUGGGGUUGGUGGAAAAUGGGGCGGCCAGUCUCUUUCUCCCCGUUCGAAGUAGCCAGAGCUUUCAAUGCCCCGCUUCUCGCGGAGUACAAUUCCAAUUCCAACGGCAACGAUUUGGCUGCUGCGGCUGGCGAGAAAGACAUUCAAUACGGCCUGACGCUGGACGGAGUGGACGGGGAGAGAUCGCAGCUGGGCUUUGGGAACCCUGCUACUGUCACUUCGCCUACAGAAGGUCUGAGGUUUGAUACCUGAGUUGGAUGCGGUGCGCGGUGUUGGAAACGACCGGCGGCUUAUCCUGGCAGGGAGUUCGGAGAUGGCAACGAAUUGUACGCGUGUGAUUGGAGAUUUGCCACAACAGCGGUGAUGUUGGUUUAAUGAUAGUAAUGCACGCGUCUUUGGUGUCAGUGCUCAUUGUGUUUCAUGAACGUCUGCCGUUG